CCUGCCCCCGCCUUUUCCUGCCCGCCCGGGAGCUCGGCCGCCGCCGCCGCCACCUCGGGCUCGCGGCUCCCCGGCGGGGCUGAGGACGAGCGGGUCCCGGAGUGUCUGGGGUUUGGCGUUGUUGUCAGCCUCGGGGAGAGAGAUUGGACAAAUAAUCUCCAAGAGGAGGAGGAGGGCGACGCCAAGGACUUUCCACAUCAACUGCUUUUUUUUUUUUUUUUUGGAAUUUCUCCUCAAGUUGGAACAUAGACUCUUUUGGCAUAUCGUGUGUUGGGAUUUUUCAUUAUCUUAUUUUUAUUUUUUUGCAAUUGCCACGAUUAACUGGCCCAGGGUGACUUCAAGUUGUCCUUAUCUCCUGAACUGGUAAUGGCCAGUGAAGACAAUCGUGUCCCUUCCCCGCCACCAACAGGUGAUGACGGGGGAGGUGGAGGGAAAGAGGAAACCCCUACGGAAGGGGGUGCAUUCUCUCUGAAGCCAGGGCUCCCCAUCAGGGGCAUCAGGAUGAAAUUUGCCGUGCUGACCGGGUUGGUUGAGGUUGGAGAAGUAUCCAAUAGGGAUAUUGUAGAAACUGUCUUUAACCUGCUGGUAGGAGGGCAGUUUGAUUUGGAGAUGAAUUUCAUCAUCCAAGAAGGCGAGAGUAUCAUAUGCAUGGUGGACUUACUGGAAAAAUGUGACAUAACUUGUCAAGCAGAAGUUUGGAGCAUGUUCACAGCCAUCCUGAAGAAGAGCAUUCGGAACCUCCAAGUCUGCACAGAAGUAGGCCUUGUGGAGAGAGUGCUCGGGAAAUUUGAGGAAGUUGACAGUAUGAUCGCAGAUCUUUUAGUUGACAUGUUGGGAGUGCUGGCUAGCUAUAAUUUGACAGUUCGAGAACUAAAGCUUUUCUUCAGUAAACUUCAAGGAGAUAAAGGACAAUGGCCGCCACACGCUGGGAGGCUGCUGACUGUGCUCACUGUGCUGCAGCCUCGGAAGUGCUGUCCGGACGCCUUCUUCAGCUUCCCAGGAAAGAGCGCGGCCGCUAUUGCAUUACCUCCUAUAGCCAAAUGGCCAUACCAGAAUGGUUUUACAUUUCAUACCUGGCUUAGAAUGGAUCCUGUAAACAAUAUCAAUGUAGAUAAGGAUAAGCCAUAUUUGUAUUGUUUCAGAACCAGCAAAGGUCUUGGCUAUUCUGCUCAUUUUGUUGGAGGCUGUUUGAUUAUAACAUCAAUAAAGUCAAAAGGGAAAGGCUUUCAACACUGUGUGAAAUUUGAUUUCAAGCCACAAAAGUGGUAUAUGGUGACUAUAGUGCACAUCUAUAAUCGGUGGAAGAAUAGUGAGCUUCGAUGUUAUGUGAAUGGCGAGUUAGCUUCCUAUGGAGAGAUUACAUGGUUUGUCAAUACCAGUGAUACCUUUGACAAGUGUUUCCUGGGCUCUUCGGAAACAGCCGAUGCUAACCGAGUGUUCUGUGGCCAGAUGACGGCAGUUUACCUCUUCAGUGAUGCUCUCAGUGCAGCUCAGAUUUUUGCGAUUUAUCAGUUGGGCCUGGGAUAUAAGGGUACAUUUAAAUUCAAAGCAGAGAGCGACCUUUUCCUUGCUGAGCAUCAUAAACUUCUACUGUAUGAUGGCAAGCUCUCUAGUGCCAUCGCCUUCACAUACAAUCCACGGGCCACAGAUGCCCAGCUGUGCCUCGAGUCUUCUCCUAAGGACAACCCUUCCAUUUUUGUUCACUCACCACAUGCACUCAUGCUUCAGGAUGUGAAGGCAGUUUUAACCCAUUCCAUCCAAAGUGCUAUGCAUUCAAUUGGAGGAGUACAAGUUUUGUUCCCCCUUUUUGCACAGUUGGACUAUAAGCAACAUUUAUCUGACGAGGUUGACUUGACCAUCUGUACAACUUUGCUGGCUUUUAUCAUGGAGCUGUUGAAGAACUCAAUUGCCAUGCAAGAGCAGAUGCUGGCUUGCAAGGGCUUCUUGGUAAUAGGAUACAGUCUUGAAAAGUCUUCAAAAUCCCAUGUCAGCAGAGCAGUACUUGAACUUUGCCUUGCAUUUUCAAAGUAUCUGAGCAAUCUUCAGAAUGGGAUGCCCCUACUCAAGCAGUUGUGUGAUCACGUCCUUCUUAAUCCUGCCAUAUGGAUUCAUACUCCAGCCAAGGUCCAGUUGAUGCUUUAUACAUACCUGUCCACCGAAUUCAUUGGGACAGUCAACAUCUACAAUACUAUCCGGAGAGUUGGAACAGUGCUUCUCAUCAUGCACACACUGAAGUACUACUACUGGGCGGUGAAUCCUCAGGAUCGGAGUGGAAUCACUCCCAAAGGAUUAGAUGGACCACGGCCUAACCACAAAGAAAUGCUUUCUCUACGAGCGUUCUUACUGAUGUUCAUUAAACAAUUAGUGAUGAAGGAUUCUGGAGUAAAGGAAGAUGAACUGCAGGCCAUCCUUAAUUACCUGUUGACUAUGCAUGAGGAUGACAAUUUAAUGGAUGUUCUUCAGCUUCUUGUUGCACUAAUGGCAGAACACCCUACCUCUAUGGUUCCUGCUUUUGACCAAAGGAAUGGGUUACGUGUUAUCUACAAACUUUUGGCAUCGAAAAGUGAAGGAAUCAGAGUACAAGCUCUCAAGGCACUGGGCUAUUUUUUAAAACAUCUGGCUCCAAAGAGGAAAGCUGAGGUGAUGCUGGGGCAUGGCUUGUUCUCCUUGCUCGCCGAGAGACUGAUGCUGCACACCAAUCUAACCACAAUGACCACGUACAAUGUUCUCUUUGAGAUCCUUAUAGAACAAAUCUGUACUCAGGUGAUUCAUCAACAGCAUCCAGACCCCGGCUCUUCAGUAAAGAUACAAAACCCUCAGAUACUAAAAGUAAUUGCAACCCUACUUCGAAAUUCUCCCCAGUGCCCUGAAAGCAUGGAGGUUCGCCGAGCCUUUCUUUCUGACAUGAUUAAACUUUUUAAUAAUAGCAGAGAAAACAGGAGGAGUUUGCUUCAGUGUUCUGUGUGGCAGGAAUGGAUGCUCUCUCUCUGCUAUUUCAACCCCAAGAAUUCAGACGAGCAGAAGAUAACCGAGAUGGUGUAUGCCAUAUUCAGAAUCCUGCUUUACCACGCAGUCAAAUAUGAGUGGGGAGGCUGGCGUGUGUGGAUAGACACCUUGUCAAUCACGCAUUCAAAGGUUACUUUUGAAAUACACAAAGAAAACCUUGCCACUGUAUUUAGGGAACAGCAAGGGACAGUUGAUGAAGAGCUAGGGCUGUGUUCUUCAAGUCCGCUUCCUGCAGUCACUGGUGGCAGCAGGGCUGCUGAUGUUCAGCUGGGGGCCCAGCAAUCAGACGUGAAGGAUGCACCCAUCUCUUCUCCUUUCACUAGAAAUAGCAAUGAGAGCUCUAGUGUUGGGCAGGCAAGCUCAGUAGAGUCAGCGUCCAACAUAGAACUGCAAACGCUUGAUGUGUCUAAUGUAGAAAGGAAAACAGAGCAAGAGCAGCAGGAUUUACCCAAUGGCACUUUGCAAGAAACCUUGAUGGAUGCGAUGAAGGCUGCAGGCAGUGCAGAAGCACCCUUACAUGCAGCGGAGCCCGCGGCCAUUCGCGCCGAUGCUCUUACAGCCAACGGCAACGACGUGGCUGUCAGUGAGGUGGCUGCCUCCGCAAGCUCCCCCUCAGAGCAGGUUCCUGAAGAGAUGCCGGAAUUGUUGGAAAAGUCUGCAGUAGAGGAAGAGGAUGAUGAUGAUUACGUGGAGCUCAAGGUUGAAGGCAGCCCAAUUGAGGAAGCUAACCUCCCCACGCAACUCCGAGAGCCCAGUUUGUCUGUAGCUGCUCCUGAAGGAAGAGCUGAGGAGUCCAGUGAUGGCUGCAAAGUAGCCAUUCAAGAAGAAGCUACUGAUACUAAAUCGCCAACCGAUACUGACACUGGAGAGUCUAAAGAUCCUGGGUCCCCGACUCUGGCGGCCUCAGGGUCUUCAGCUGCCUCCCCAGAAACCACUGACUCCCCCGCAGCUGCGCAGCCAGACGUUGACCUUGCGCCCAAUGCAGAGAAGGACCUGCCCAGCCCUGCUGUGGAAACCAAGUCAAUCAGUGAUUACUCUGGUAGUGUUUCUGAUGCUCCUCCUACUUUUGAGCAGAAGAUUGCCAAGUUGGAUGUGUCCAGUGUUGCUUCUGAUACGGAGAGACUAGAGCUGAAGGACAGUACAAACCCUGAAGUGCCUCAGCCUCAUCGACACGGGCCUGAGAUGUCAAGGCAACAGGAACAGCCAGGGCAAGGAGCUGCACCAGAUGUGGUCAAUGGACAAAGGAGGGAUUCCAGAUCUACGAUGUUUCGUAUUCCUGAAUUCAAGUGGUCUCUGAUGCAUCAGCGUUUACUCACUGAUCUCUUGUUUUCUAUAGAAACAGACAUACAGAUGUGGAGAAGCCACUCAACAAAGACAGUUAUGGACUUCGUGAAUAGCAGUGAUAAUGUCAUCUUUGUACACAACACAAUUCAUCUCAUCUCUCAAGUGAUGGACAAUAUGGUCAUGGCUUGUGGGGGUAUACUGCCAUUGCUUUCAGCUGCUACAUCGGCUACACAUGAGCUGGAGAAUAUUGAACCCACGCAAGGCCUUUCAGUUGAAGCCUCUGUGGCGUUUCUGCAGAGGCUCAUCAGCCUUGUGGAUGUGCUCAUAUUUGCAAGUUCUCUUGGCUUUACCGAAAUCGAGGCUGAAAAGAACAUGUCAUCUGGAGGAAUUUUGCGACAAUGUCUCCGACUGGUGUGUGCAGUAGCAGUAAGGAACUGCUUAGAGUGUCAACAGCAUGCACAGAGGACAGCUAGGGGAGAGCCAGCGAAAGGCCUGAAGACAGCACACAGCCUGAUUCCCAUGGGGAAGUCUGCAGCCAAGAGUCCAGUGGACAUAGUGACUGGUGGCAUUUCUCCAGUAAGAGAUUUCGACAGGCUCCUGCAAGACAUGGACAUCAAUCGGCUGAGGGCAGUUGUUUUCAGAGACAUAGAAGACAGCAAGCAAGCUCAGUUCUUAGCUCUGGCUGUGGUGUACUUUGUGUCUGUGCUUAUGGUCUCCAAGUACAGAGAUAUUUUGGAGCCCCAGAACGAAAGGCACAGUCCCUCAUUUAAAGAUACCUGUAGUGAAAAUGGAAAUGCAUCACUUCCUGAUGUAGAAAGCACACAGGCACCAUUAAGCCCUUUAUCUCUGUCAUCAGUGGAGGAGUCAGUGGAAAGCAGCUCAUCUUCUCGAAGGAGGGAUUCUGGUCUUGGUGAGGAGACAGCUUCUGGCUUAGGAAGCAAUGCGUCUGCAGCUCCUCCAGCCGCGCCUCCAGGUGUCAGCGCAGGCCCAGAUGCCAUCAGUGAGGUGCUGUGCACUCUCUCUUUAGAAGUCAAUAAAUCUCAGGAAACCAAAACUGAUGGAGGAAAUGACUUGGAUAACAAGGUGACGCCAUCAGUUCCAGUUUCAAAAAAUGUCAAUGUGAAGGACAUUCUCCGGAGCUUGGUUAACAUCCCAGCAGAUGGAGUCACGGUGGACCCCGCCCUUCUGCCGCCAGCCUGCCUCGGCACUCUUGGCGACCUGUCUGCUGAUCAGCCUGUGCAGUUCAGGUCUUUUGACAGAAGUGUUGUUGUUGCUACAAAAAAGUCAUCAGUCUCAUCCUCUGCACUUAGCACAAGUGCACCGGCCAGCGCUGUGAGUGUGGUCUCCUCAGCAGAUCCUGCUCAAGCCUCAGAUGUUGGGCGAGAGUCACCUGGGAGUAGAUCAUCCAAUUCAAAAUUGCCGUCAGUCCAAACAGUUGGUUCAGUUCCACAAGAUCCUGUUUCAAACAUGAGUAUUACAGAGAGGCUUGAACACGCUUUGGAAAAAGCGGCCCCUCUUCUGCGAGAGGUUUUUGUGGAUUUUGCACCUUUUCUUUCUCGGACACUGUUGGGUAGCCAUGGACAGGAAUUGCUUAUAGAAGGAACAAGUCUGGUCUGCAUGAAGUCUAGUAGUUCCGUUGUGGAGUUGGUUAUGCUACUGUGUUCCCAGGAGUGGCAGAAUUCUAUUCAGAAGAACGCAGGCCUUGCGUUUAUUGAACUUGUCAAUGAAGGAAGGUUGCUCAGCCAAACAAUGAAGGAUCAUUUAGUAAGAGUAGCAAAUGAAGCUGAAUUUAUUCUGAGCAGGCAGAGAGCGGAGGAUAUUCACAGGCAUGCGGAAUUUGAGUCACUGUGUGCCCAGUAUUCUGCAGACAAACGAGAGGAGGAGAAGAUGUGCGAUCAUUUGAUAAGAGCAGCUAAAUACCGAGACCAUGUGACAGCUACUCAACUAAUCCAGAAAAUCAUCAACCUCCUCACAGACAAGCAUGGGGCCUGGGGAAGUUCUGCAGUGAGUCGUCCUCGUGAGUUCUGGCGCCUUGACUACUGGGAAGAUGACUUGCGGCGCCGGCGACGAUUUGUGCGUAACCCUCUAGGAUCGACACAUCCUGAAGCGACACUAAAAACAGCCGUGGAGCAUGCCACAGAUGAAGACAUCCUGGCUAAAGGAAAACAGUCCAUCAAGAGUCAGGCUUUAGGAAAUCAGAACUCAGAAAACGAGAUCCUCCUGGAUGGCGACGAGGACACCCUAUCAUCCGUGGAUGAGAAAGAUUUAGAGAGUCUUGCCGGUCCAGUUAGCCUGAGCACACCGGCUCAGCUUGUGGCCCCCUCUGUUGUAGUAAAAGGUACUCUAUCUGUCACCUCCUCUGAGCUCUAUUUUGAGGUGGAUGAAGAGGACCCUAGCUUCAAGAAGAUCGACUCCAAGAUUCUGGCAUAUACUGAAGGGCUGCAUGGAAAAUGGCUAUUCUCAGAGAUUCGAUCAAUCUUUUCUCGUCGUUACCUUUUGCAGAAUACAGCCCUGGAGAUCUUUAUGGCAAACCGAGUUGCCGUAAUGUUCAACUUUCCAGACCCUGCAACCGUAAAGAAAGUGGUUAACCAUCUACCUCGUGUUGGUGUUGGGACCAGUUUUGGAUUACCUCAAACUAGGCGCAUUUCAUUAGCUAGUCCACGUCAACUUUUUAAAGCCUCUAAUAUGACACAGCGAUGGCAGCACAGAGAGAUUUCAAAUUUUGAGUACUUGAUGUUUCUCAACACAGUGGCAGGACGGGGUUAUAAUGACUUAAACCAAUACCCUGUGUUUCCUUGGGUCAUCACCAAUUAUGAAUCAGAAGAACUAGAUCUCACCUUGCCAAGCAACUUCAGAGAUUUGUCCAAGCCAGUAGGAGCCUUGAAUCCCAAAAGAGCAGCAUUCUUUGCAGAACGUUUUGAAUCAUGGGAAGACAACCAAGUUCCGAAGUUCCACUAUGGUACUCAUUACUCAACGGCAAGUUUUGUCCUCGCUUGGCUGCUAAGAAUAGAGCCUUUUACAACUUAUUUCCUCAAUUUGCAAGGAGGGAAAUUUGAUCAUGCCGAUAGGACUUUUUCAUCAGUUUCCAGAGCUUGGCGAAAUAGUCAGCGUGAUACAUCUGAUAUUAAGGAGUUGAUUCCUGAAUUUUAUUAUCUCCCUGAGAUGUUUGUCAACUUCAAUAAUUAUAACCUUGGAGUGAUGGAUGAUGGGACAGUAGUAUCUGAUGUUGAACUUCCUCCUUGGGCCAAAACCUCAGAAGAAUUUGUUCGCAUAAACAGAUUGGCCCUAGAGAGUGAAUUUGUUUCCUGCCAACUUCACCAAUGGAUUGAUCUCAUCUUUGGCUAUAAACAGCAAGGGCCAGAGGCUGUGCGAGCCCUCAACGUGUUCUAUUACCUGACCUAUGAGGGAGCCGUCAACCUGAACUCAAUAACUGACCCUGUGUUGAGAGAGGCCGUGGAAGCUCAAAUUCGAAGUUUUGGACAGACGCCUUCUCAGCUGCUUGUAGAGCCCCAUCCUCCCCGCGGCUCUGCCAUGCAAGCGUAUCUCCUCCUGCAGAGCCCAUUGAUGUUCACAGACCAAGCCCAGCAGGAUGUUAUCAUGGUCUUAAAGUUUCCCUCCAACUCCCCUGUCACCCAUGUGGCCGCCAACACCCAGCCUGGCUUGACAGCUCCUGCUGUGAUCACCAUCACCGCCAACAGGCUCUUUGCUGUGAACAAGUGGCACAACCUUCCUGCUCAUCAAGGUGCUGUACAAGAUCAGCCAUACCAGCUGCCAGUGGAAAUCGAUCCUCUCAUAGCCAGCAGCACAGGACUGCACAGGAGGCAGAUCUCCGACCUUCUGGACCAGAGCGUUGCCGUUCACUCCCAGUGCUUUGUCGUCACCUCCGACAAUCGCUACGUCCUCGUCUGUGGCUUCUGGGAUAAGAGUUUCCGUGUAUAUUCUACAGAUACAGGAAAAUUGAUCCAAGUGGUAUUUGGUCAUUGGGACGUCGUCACUUGCCUCACUCGCUCUGAGUCAUACAUUGGGGGAAAUUGCUACAUUCUCUCGGGGUCACGGGAUGCAACCCUUUUGCUGUGGUACUGGAAUGGGAAAAGCAGUGGCAUUGGCGAUAACCCAGGCAGUGAGACCACCACUCCUCGGGCCAUUCUCACAGGCCAUGACUACGAGAUCACGUGUGCUGCCGUCUGUGCUGAGCUGGGCCUGGUGUUAAGUGGUUCUCAAGAAGGACCAUGUCUCAUACAUUCCAUGAAUGGAGACUUGUUAAGAACCUUGGAGGGUCCUGAAAACUGCUUGAAACCAAAGCUCAUUCAGGCUUCAAGAGAGGGCCACUGUGUCAUCUUCUAUGAAAACGGCUGCUUCUGCACUUUCAGCGUGAAUGGCAAACUGCAGGCCACUGCGGAAACAGAUGACCACAUAAGGGCCAUGCAGCUGAGCCGAGAUGGGCAGUACCUCCUUACGGGAGGCGACAACGGCGUGGUGAUGGUGUGGCAGGUGUCUGACCUCAAGCAGCUCUUUGCCUACCCAGGCUGUGAUGCUGGAAUCCGGGCCAUGGCUCUGUCUUUUGACCAAAGGUGCAUCAUUUCUGGCAUGGCUUCGGGGAGCAUCGUUCUCUUUUACAACGACUUCAGCCGCUGGCAUCAUGGACGCCAAACCCGCCACUGAUGGUGACGACGGGCCAGGGAGCACACCAGUCUACGGCAACAGCUCCCACAUCUGAAUGUAACAAAUUUGCUUGGAAAAGCAAAAUAUUUUUUGAAAUUGUAUUUUUGUAGACUCUGCUUGACAUGGGGAAUAGCAAAGCAGAAAACUGGCUGCUGGGCUCUGUAGUUUAAAAAAAUCUAUAUUUUUAGUCUUAUGAGAAGUCUAUUUUCACCAAUUAUGGAUCCACACAGUGGAGCAAACAAGCCACUUGUUCUAGCUAUAUCAUAUCGUGAAAAAAUAUUCACAUUUGUGUGUACUCUUGAAAAGUAUGAUUUUUAAAAGAGGGCAGUGGAUUCUAAUACUGGAAUGGGAUUUUAUGCUGCACUAGGUGUUGUAUUUUUCCAAACAAUUGUGCUGCUUCAGUGCUGAAAAGUUUUGGAAUUUAAGUAAGAAUGUUUAAAUUAUGGCAAAUGUAAUUUCCGACAUCUCAAUGAAUUGUUUCUGUAUUCAGGCAUGUGUUAGAUCUAGAAAAUUAUGGUUCUGGGAAGGCUGUUUUAUUUUAUUGCGUGGCAAACAAAAAUGUAAGUUAUAGCAAGUGUGAAGUACUUACUUUUUUGUGAUCUGUUGUUCUCAGAGCACAGCUAAAUGAGAUGCUCUUGGGAGCACAAGCUUUUUUCUCCUGAUCCUGCCCACCAGGUGCUGUGUGAGCAACAUGCAUUUCACCUGUCCUUAAACGGUCUCUACCUUCCUUUUGAUUAGCAGUUUGUACUAUGAAAAAAAUGUUAUUUUGGUGUUGUAUAAUUCUACUUUUCUAGUAGAUUGCUGUAUGGAAUUCUGUGAAAAAAAAUUUGAGAAAAAGUCAGUUAUUCCAUAAAUAAAUUCUUUGUAUGUUGUGAA